AUGCCGAGGAUUCUCAACAUUCGCAUGGACAGGAUGCUGGUGCCCAUCCUGGGCACACUUCUCUCACUGCGGCACACACUCUCUCCGAAUGCACAGCCCGAGUUGACGAGGCUGUUUGAGAGGGAGCCUCGGAAGUGGUACUCUGCCAUGCAGCCCCACCUACUGUCGUGGGAACAUUUCUCAGAUCUCUUUCGUCAAGCAUUCUUACCAACAGACAAUGAAGAGAAGAUCUGGAGAGGGAUUUUAGACAGUGUUCAGGCUUCUGAUGAAUCACUUCCCACCUUUGUCGCUCACCUGGUGACUGAGUUCAAACGACUGAGGCAACCACCAUCUGAGCAAGAACAGAUUGAGGUGAUUUGCCGGCAUGUCUCAGACCAGUAUAGACUGGCCCUCCAUGCGGCCGCACCCACAACUUUAACUCAGCUGCUCCUGACUGCCCAUGAGCUACACACUGCCAUGGGGCCUAUCUCCCCUAACAGGACUGCCACUUCUGCUCAGCUGACCCAGCGACCAAACUUGCACUGCUACAAAUGUUUUACCCCCGGGGUCACCACGCGUAACUGUGGGACCUGUAGGAAAACUAGGCAGAGUGGAAACACAGAACCUGGUGGGGGGGCAGCUGCGAGUCCUCAGGCAGAUCAAGAGAACCCAAACGCUCCACAAGACACUAGGGGUGACCCGGGUGCUCGACCGCGUAGGUUUCAGAGGCCCCGGGGUGGAAACCAGAACCUGGAACCGGGGCCCAGCGUACAGAGCACAGGGGGUUCUCACUCCGUUAAUUUGGUGCAGGACAGCCCACGGAAGUCUAAGAACUCCCCUUUGUCGUCAGUGGCAGAUGUUCAUAUUCAUCCGGCCACAGGUAAUGUUAGAUUGGGAGACAAUGCAAACUACGCACCAGACCUAGGCCUGUUGGAGGGGGAGUUUGGGGACUUGGAAGAUGAUAUAGUUGUUGCUUCACCAACCUUUGACCAACACCUGACAGACCUCGCUAGUGUAUUGGGGCGUUUGGCGGAGGCUGGCCUUUCGUUGAAGCUGGCUAAAUGUCAUUUUUGUACGCCAAACCUUCGUUACUUGGGUUACCUGGUAACCCCAGGAGGCAUUGGUCCUGAUGAGAGUAAGGUUGCUGCAAUCAAGCAGUUUCCCACGCCGAGGACGGUUAAAAACAUGCGACAGUUUCUUGGUCUGACAAGUUACUAUCGUAGGUUCAUUUCAGGGUAUGCUCGUAUCGCUGAGCCCAUGUUCGCUCUUUUGCGGGAGGAUGCCCAUUUCACGUGGUCUCCUGAGUGCCAGCAGUCUUUUGAUCACCUGAAGCAGCGGCUGACUAGGGCACCAGUACUUGUUUUACCUAAUUUUGGGAAGCCUUUUACAGUUCAUACGGAUGCUUGCGAUGUUGGCCUUGGGGCCGCAUUGACCCAGACUGGGGAAGAUGGCUUGGAAAGGGCUGUCGCAUUUGCAAGCCGCACACUUCACAAGUCAGAGCGCCUAUAUUCCACUUCUGAGAAAGAGUGCCUUGGGGUGAUUUGGGCUCUCGAACACUUUCGUCCAUAUGUUGAGGGCUCCUAUGUAACAGUUGUUACGGAUCACAACAGCUUGAGGUGGCUGAUGUCAAGGCCCUCCCCCUCAGGGCGAUUAACUAGAUGGUGCCUACGACUACAAGACUUUGACUUUGAAGUGGUCCACAGACCAGGCUCUGCAAAUUUGGUUCCAGAUGCCCUUUCGCGGAACCCUGCCUGUGAUCCUACCGAGCCCGUAGACCUGUUGCCAUCAUACGCCACUAUUGGCUCUUUGAACCUCAGACGUCAACCACUGUUAAUAUUGGAGGACAAGCAACAGCUUAAGUCGCUCCAGCAGGGCGACCAGGUAAUCGCAUCGCUGUUCACGGAACUGGAGAGCGGAUCCUGUGUGGACUCAACAGAUUUUUGCAUUCAGGACGGUUUGGUUUACUUCAUGGACAAGAGGGCUUCCUGCCGGCUUCAUCCUCUUAAGGCCCUGCGUUUCUAUGUGCCGGGACUCCUCCAUGGUACUUUACUGAGAUAUUUUCAUGACCACCCGAUGGGGGGCCACCUAGGCAUUACCAAAACCCUUGGGCGCUUACAGAGACGAGUUUAUUGGCCAGGUAUGAGGGGUGAUGUCAAGAGGUAUGUCCAGUCCUGCGUGACCUGCCAGUUGUCCAAGCCAGCCAAUCAGAAGCCUGGAGGCUAUCUGAAACCAGUAGUCGCUACAUAUCCAUGGGAGUUUGCUGGUGUUGAUUUCAUGGGUCCCCUCCCCAGAUCCGGCCGUGGGAAUGAAUAUAUUUUAGUUUUCAUUGACUAUUUCACCAAGUGGGUGGAAAUCUGUCCAGUUCGAGAGGCUACAGCGGCGACUGCGGCCCGCAAGUUUGUCUCUGAGGUGUUUGCGAGACAUGGCGCUCCUGCGCACCUGGUCUCUGACAGAGGUGUUCAGUUUGUGAGUGACUUCUUUGAGGAGGUUGUUGCUGCCAUGGGCUCAGACCACAGGCUGACUACAGCCUACCACCCCCAGUCUAACCAGACGGAACGAGUGAACCGUACUAUUAAGACUGCAAUCCGUGCUUAUGUGGGGCGAAAACACAGAGACUGGGACCUCCACUUGCCGCUGAUAUCCUUUGCGUUGAGAACAGCUCCACACCAGAGUACGGGAGAUACCCCAGCUUUUCUUUUGUAUGGCAGAGACCUCAAUACACCCCUUGAUUUGUGGUUGUCACCAAGCCCUCAAUACAUGGCUGAUUCUGUAGCGGACUACAAGGUGGAGCUCACUUCCGCCCUGAGAGAGGCGUAUGAUCAUGUGAGGGAGUCCCUAGCGGAGAGCCAGUCCACACAGAAAAAACAUUAUGAUAAGAAUCGGCGUGCCGUCUCGUUCCAGGUCGGUGACUUGGUUAAACUGAAAGCCCAUCCUCAGUCGGAUGCCUCGGCGGGUUUCUCGGCCAAGCUUGCCCCAGUCUAUAAAGGCCCAUACAGGAUUACCAAAGUUUUGUCUGAGCUGAAUUACAAGUUGCCCAGGGUGGCGGAUGCAGCUGAUGUGUCGAGAUCCACAGAGUGUUUCAAUCUUGAUCCAGCUCCUUGGAAGACUUUCCCCAGUUCUGUCACUUCAUUUGGGUACAAGGUGAUACAGGUAGAUACAACAAGGUUGCUGGUUAGCGCCCCUUUGAUCAACUACAGUCAGGAUAAAAGAGGAAAGAUUUACAACUGUGAAACUGGAAGUUCCUCAUGCUCUGAAAUUUUCCUUCCAGAGCCAAAUCAUGCAGUAAAUAUGUCUCUUGGACUAUCAAUGGCUAAACAACAAAGUGAUCAAAGUAAUCAAAAACAAUCAAAAACAGUGGUCUGUGGCCCUACUAUACCCAGAAAUUGUGAAGCCAUUACUACUUACAAUGGAAUGUGCUUUCAGCUCAGUGAGACACUCAAUCCCAUUGGUGAUGGACAACCUCCAAAACUCAACGAUUGUCCUAUUAGUGGCACAGACAUUGUGUUCUUAAUAGAUGGAUCAGGCAGCGUAAGCACCAAUGACUUUGGACGGAUGAAGGAGUUUAUGAUAAAGCUGAUCAAACAAUUUAAUCAGCGCAACAGUCAGUUUGCUGUAAUGCAGUAUUCUUCCACGUUUGAAAUCCAUAUGGAUUUCAGUGAUUUCAAACGUCUUGGAAGCUUGUGGGAGAAUCUGAUAAAUAGAAUAAAUCAACAAAGAGGAUCGACCCACACUCCUACUGCGAUUAGAAAAGUUGUCAGAGAACUGUUUGUGCCUAGUAGUGGAUCCCGACCAAAAGCUGUCAAGGUCUUAGUGGUCAUCACUGAUGGACAGACUGCUGGAGACAGCACACCUAUCUCAGUUGUUGUUCGAGAGGCUGAGGAUAAAGACAUAAUUCGUUACGCCAUUGGGGUGGGCUCGGCCUUUCGACAACCGAACGCAAGACAGGAACUGGAAACUAUCGCCUCCAAACCCAUAGACAGUCACCUGUUUCGAGUGGACAACUUCCAAGCUUUGGACAAACUAAGAGAUACUCUACAGAAGAAUAUUUUUGCCAUUGAGGGUACUCAAACUUCUGGUGCAUCUUUUCACAUGGAAUUAGCCCAAGAGGGAUUUAGCUCAGUUUUACUGCCCUCGGGAGACCUUCUGAUGGGGACAGUGGGAGCUCUGGACUGGAGGGGAGGUUUCCAGAAAAUCUCAGCACGAGGACCCACUUUUCAUAACAGUAGCCAAAUGGAAGCUAACAGUUAUCUGGGUUACUCCAUGGCUGUUGCUAAGCUAAGAAACAAAAAUAUUGUUAUUUUGGGAGCCCCACGGUAUCAGCACAAAGGAGCGGUUGUUAUAUUUUCAGAUCAAGCAGAGAAGAUGCUUGAGAGCAAGCAGAUUGGUUCAUAUUUUGGGGCAGAGCUGUGCGCUGUGGACUUGGAUUCAGACUCCUACGCAGAUUUACUGCUUAUUUCGGCUCCAAUGUACACAGAUGCACAGAGAGACAGCGAGGGAGAAGUCACCGUCUGUGCCUUCCGGAUGAGGUCCAAAGACAUGUGUACACCUCAGCCCUUGGUGGGGGUGGCAGGAAUGAGGGGCAGGUUUGGCACUUCUCUGGCUGCACUUGCUGACUUGGAUGGCGAUGGCAUCACUGAUGUGGCUGUAGGAGCCCCCAUGGAGAACAAUGGCCAGGGAAGCGUGUACAUCUUCUCUGGAACGACAAGCGGAGUAAACCCUGUGUUCUCUCAGAGAAUCCAGGGUUCAAACGUUGAGUCGGGGCUUCGAUAUUUCGGCCAGUCAAUCAGUGGAUCUCUGGACCAGAGUGGAGACAGGCUGACAGACAUUGCAGUGGGGUCGAGGGGAAAGGUCCUGCUGUUCAGGUCCAGACCGGUGGUUUCUGUUGCAGUCACCAUGUCUUUCAACCCAUCCAAAAUUCCCACCGACAUCAAGGAUUGUUCCAAAGACCUUUCUAAUACUGCAACUGUCUGUUUCACCAUGACGAGCCGUACGAAAGAGUAUCAAGGUGAUCUGGAAGCAAGCGUGAAUUACACUCUGACUGUGGAUGCGACUCGAAAUGUUGCACGGUCUCGAGCCAGUUUCGCUCCUCAAAAACAAUUCUUGAAUAAAGUUGUUACCAUUAAAGGGGAAAAGCAGAAUCAUUGUGAAAACCAUCAGUUUUCUAUUGCAGCCUGCCCAGAACAUGCCCUGAAUCCUCUGAUAAAUGAAUUAAGGUUGAGUUUUGUAGACAGCACCCAUCCAGGAGGCCAACUUGCUCCAGUCUUGGAUCCACUUUUACCAAAAAUCACAAAUCACCCAUUAGAUUUUGUGGUGGACUGUGGAGCAGACAGCAAGUGUACUGAUGAUCUCAGAGUGGAUUUCAAUUUCUCAGGAGUGUCUGAGGUACAGGUUGGCAUAGCGCUGGUAUUGAACGUGUCGGUAUCAGUGGAGAACAGAGGGGAAAACUCAUACAACAGUCAUGUCAUUUUCACCUACCCAGCAGGACUGUCAUUUCGAAGAGUUACUGUGGUACAGGAUCCUUUGAGGAGUGCAAGAGUUCAGUGCACUGCUGUGGACAGUUUAGAAGCCACUGUACUGGGGAUCAGCACCUGCCACAUCAACAGGCCCAUUUUCAGGAGCGGAUCCCAGGUUUUCUUCAUUCUAUCUUUUGGGAUAGAUGGAAACAGUAAUUUUGACCGAACUGUGACGUUUACUGCUAAUGCUUCAAGCGGAAACGAACUGCACACGUUGAGGGAAAAUUACCGGACCAGACAGCUUGGUGUAAAAUACAGCAUUUUUGCUGUUGUCAGAAGCUCAGAGGAAUCAACCAGUUACAUAAACUUCACUGCUGGAAAAAAUGAUCUGAAGAAGCCUGUUUUGCAGUCAUUUGAGGUUGUUAAUUAUAUAAGAGAUUUCAAUGCAACAAUUACUAUAAAGGUCCCAAUUAAACUGGGAGAAAAAGACAUCUGGACCAAUAAAAACAGCAUUCAGAUUAUGGGAUGUAAGGCACAAAAAGAUGAGAACCCUGCCUUUACCGAUUUUGUGGAGAAAUUGAGGAAAACUCCUAAUGUGGACUGUACAGUUGCAGUGUGCAGAGUACUACGGUGUGAGGUGUUUUUGAGAAAAGAUGAAACCUUGUUUUACAAUGUUUCCGGUGAAGUUACUUCAGGCUGGAUUGAACAGACUCAGCUAUCAACUGUACGUUUGGUCAGUAGCUCAAGUAUGGAUUUUGACAAAAACCAGUUUAUUUAUUUUUCCUCGAGUCCCCAAAGCAGCAUUCCAGUCACUGAGAUUAGGACACGUGUGGAGAUGUCCAGUGAGCCGAACUUCACCAAGGAAAUCAUAGGAGGCGCAUUUGGGGCUUUGCUAUUGCUGGCUUUGAUCGCGGGUGGACUCUACAAGGCGGGAUUUUUUAAGAGCAAAUAUAACCAGAUGGUUCAAGAAGCUGGAGGAGAAACAGAUGGAGGUGAAGGGGAAAAUGCAAGUGCCCCCCCAGCUACUGAAUAGACAACGAGGAAACAAAACAGCAGGAGAAUAGCAAAUGGCUAAAUAUAUUCUCUUG